UUGUCCUUUUCUAUAAUUCCGUUAAGAUAUGGACUUAAAAACCAAAUCAUUUUUGCCUGGCCUUAUCAUGUAUUAGUUUUACCUCCUCAAAAUUUUGUAUAUGUAUAUAUAUAUAUCAAAUAAAGCCUCUUCAACAUUUCUGGGCAUAUCCUCAUACAUUUUUAUCAUUCCUUUUUCUUCUCUUUUGUUGUGAUAAAUUCAGCCAUUUCAAAAUUAUUGCAAUCUUUCCUAAGGGAAAAAUAAAGUUGGCAAAGUUUUUGAGAAUAAAAUGGCUGAAUCAUUGUUUUCUAAGUUGUUUCAAGGGAGGAUUAGAGAAGAUAGUUGUUUUAGUGCCAUAGUGCCAUUACUAAAGCUUAUCUCCCUUACCUUAAUGGGUGUUCUUUUAGCACACCCAAAAGCAAAACUUGUACCAAGAGCUACAUUUAAACUCCUAAGUAAGCUUGUUUUUGGCCUAUUUUUACCUUGUUUGAUCUUCAACAACUUAGGCCAAUCUAUCACACUAAAAAAUUUCACCCUUUGGUGGUUCAUCCCUUUGAAUGUUAUCCUCUCAGUCGCCAUUGGAUCGAUAUUAGGCUACCUUGUAGCCCUGAUAUGCCGGCCACCACCUCAAUAUUUUCGUUUUACUAUCAUCAUGACCGCAUUAGGAAACAUGGGCAACCUUCCAUUAGCCAUUAUAAGCUCAAUUUGUCAUACUAAAAAUCAUCCUUUUGGGGAAGAUUGUGAAGAAAAAGGUAUAGCUUAUGCCUCUUUUUCUCAAUGGGUGGCUGUUAGUCUUGUUUAUACCUUUGUUUACCAUAUGAUGGAACCUCCCUUAGAGUACUAUGAAGUUGUGGAAGAAAGUAGCAUAGUUGAGGAUGAAAUCCAAGAGGAAGAAGAUCAACAAAGGGAUUAUGAUAUGAUUCUUGGGAAUGAUAGUGAUCAAUUGAGUAUGCCACUUCUUCAUGAUGCAGAGUGGCCAGGAAUGGAAGACAAAGAGAUUGAUUACUCUAAGACACCAUUCGUUGCUCGAGUAUUCAACUCUUUAUUGUUUGAUUCCCUUAGAUCAAUGCCAGAAUUAGGGACACUUGAAGAUAAUGGUCAAGAUCAUAAUGGUAAUUACAAUCAUCCUAAAUCAACUACAAGGUGUUUCCCAGAGCCAAUAGUGGUAAGAAAAAUCAGGAUUGUAGCAGAACAAACACCAAUUAAGCAUAUUCUUAGCCCUGCAACUAUUGCUUCAUUUUUAGCCAUAACUAUUGGUAUGGUACCUCAGCUGAAGAGCAUUUUUUUCGAUGAUGAUGCUCCACUUUCUUUCAUGACUGAUAGUUUUCAGUUCAUGGCGCGCGCAAUGAUGCCCUUCGCUAUGCUCAUACUAGGAGGGAUGUUAGCUGAAGGACCAGAGGAGUCUAGGCUUGGCAUCAGGACUACUGUGGGGAUCAUUGUUGCUAGGCUUUUGGUGCUUCCUUUGAUUGGGAUUGGAGUGUUGGUUUUGGCUGAUAAGUUUGGUUUGUUGAUUGAAGGUGACCAAAUGUUUAGGUUUGUGAUAUUGCUGCAUUAUGUUACACCUAGUGCUAUAUUGCUUGGUGCUAUUGCUAGUUUGAGGGGUUAUGCAGUUCAAGAAACCUCAGCACUACUCUUCUGGCAGCAUGUCAUUGCUGUUGUUUCCACAUCUAUGUAUAUAUUUGUCUUUUUUAAGUUUCUUAUGUCUUCUAUUGCUUGAAGGUUGGUUAGUAACUCUGUACGGAUUGAUGAUAUAUAAUAUCUCUAUAUGAAUUUAGUUGUGUCGUUACUUGUUUAAA